AUGGGGGUGGAAGACGUGGUCAGGGAGGAGCUGGGCAGCCUCCACGGCAUCCCCCUCUACAAGUGCUUCAUCGAGGGCUGGCCGCAGGUGGAGGCUUUCCAAGCCCGGCCAGAUGACCUGCUCAUUGCCACCUACCCCAAGUCGGGCACGACGUGGCUGAGCGAGAUCCUGGACAUGAUCUACCAUGACGGCGAUGUGGAGAAGUGCCGACGGGAUGCCAUCUUCAACCGGGUGCCCUUCCUGGAAAUGAAGGCCCCCAAGACGGAGAGUGGCAUCGAUCUGCUGAAGAAAACCCCACCCCCGCGGUUGGUGAAGACCCAUCUCCCGGUCCAGCUCCUCCCGACCUCCUUCUGGGACAAGGACUGCAAGAUCAUCUAUAUGGCCCGCAACCCCAAGGAUGUCGUCAUCUCCUACUACUACUUCUACCAGAUGGCCAAGUUGCACCCUGACCCUGGCACACUGGCCGAGUUCCUGGAGACCUUCAUGGCUGGCAAAGCGGCUUACGGGUCCUGGUAUGACCACGUGCGGGGCUGGUGGGAGAAGAAGCAGGAGAAGCAGCUCCUUUACCUCUUCUAUGAGGACAUGAAAAAG